AUGGUGACCAUGAAGCUGGGUUCCAAGCCGGAUAUAUUCGUCCUAGAAGGCCUCACAUGGAGAAGCAUGACCGAGCUUGAUAGCGAUGUGGUCGUCGAAGUGGGAGAGAUGUCCUUUUACCUCCACAAGUUCCCGCUGUUGAGCCGGAGCGGCGUGCUGCAGCGUCUGAUCAGCGAGUACCAUCCAUCGCCGGACGACGGCGGCAUGUGCACGCUGCAGCUGGACGACAUCCCGGGCGGCGCCAAGGCGUUCGAGCUGGCGGCUCGCUUCUGCUACGACGUCAAGCUCGAGCUCAACGCGCUGAACGUGGUGUCGCUCCGGUGCGCCGCCGAGUACCUGGGCAUGACGGACGACUACGCGGAGGGCAACCUGAUCGCGCAGGCGGAGUCGUUCCUCGCCGACGUGCUGGCCAACUGGAAGGACUGCAUCAAGGCGCUGGAGACCUGCGAGGCCGUGCUCCAGGCCGCCGAGGACCUCCACAUCGUGUCCCGCUGCAUCACCGCGCUCGCCUCCAAGGCCUGCGCCUCCGACGCCGCCGCCUGGGCCGCCCACCACGGCACCGCGCCGCACAAGAGCGGCAGCCUCGACCGCGACGCGCUCUGGAACGGCAUCGGCACGGGCGACACGCCGCGCGGGGGGUCGGCGGCGGCGGCGGACUGGUGGUACGAGGACGUGUCGUUCCUCAGCCUGCCCAUGUUCAAGCGGCUGGUGCAGGCGAUGGAGGCCAAGAGCAUGCGCGCCGAGAGCAUCGCGGGCGCCAUCAUGUUCUACGCGGGCCGGCUCCUCCCGGGCCUCAAGCGCACCGCCAGCUUCAGCAACGCCACCAGCAACGCCGGGAGCCGCAGCGUGACCCCGCGCGCCUCCGGCGGCGUCGGCGGCGGCGCGUCGGAGGGCGACCAGAGGUACUUCCUGGAGGAGAUCGUGGCGCUGCUGCCGGCGAAGAAGGGCGUGGCGUCCACCAGGUUCCUGCUCGGCCUGCUCCGCACCGCGAUGCUGCUGCACGCCAGCCCGCUCUGCCGGGAGAACCUGGAGCGGCGCAUCGGGGCGCAGCUGGAGGACGCGUGCCUGGAGGACCUCCUCGUGCCCAACCUCGGCUACACCGUGGAAACGCUGUACGACAUCGACUGCGUGCAGAGGAUACUGGACUACUUCAUGUCGUCCAUGGACGGAGGGCUGGGCACCGGGUACACGUCGCCGGCCGCGCUUGUGGCGGAGGAUCAGGGGAGCCAGCUGGGGCUCGGGGCGCCCAUGCAGGCCGCGGCCACGCCGCCCGCCGUGUCGCCGAUCGCCAUGGUGGCCAAGCUCAUGGACGGGUACCUCGCGGAGGUGGCGCCCGACGCCAACCUCAAGCUUCCCAAGUUCCAGGCGCUCGCAGCCGUCGUGCCUGACUACGCGCGGCCCGUCGACGACGGCAUCUACCGCGCCAUGGACAUAUACCUCAAGUCGCACCCGUGGCUGUCGGAGUCGGAGCGGGAGCAGCUGUGCCGGCUGAUGAACUGCCAGAAGCUGUCGCUGGAGGCGUGCACGCACGCGGCGCAGAACGAGCGCCUGCCGCUGCGGGUGGUGGUGCAGGUGCUCUUCUUCGAGCAGCUCCGCCUCCGCACCUCCAUCGCCGGCUGGUUCUUCGUGUCCGACAACGGAGCCACCGACGGCGCGCACCCGCACCUCCCGGGCAACAACGCCGGCGCCAUCGUCCCCAAGGGCAGCAAUGCGGCCGACAGCAGCCAGGACGAAGCCGUCAUCGUCACGCCUGAGGGGAAGGGGAGCGAGGGCAUGACCGACGUGAAGGCGAGGGUGUCGGAGCUGGAGAAGGAGUGCAUGAGCAUGAAGCAGGAGAUCCGGCGGAUCGGGAAGCCCAGGAGGUCGUGGAGCCUCCUCACCAGGAAGUGCGGCUUCGGAGCCAAGGUGCAGCAAGCGCAGCCUGCCAUGAGCGGCAAAUAG